CCCCAUGCGCGACGCUUAAUAAUUCCCCGAAGAGUGAGAGAAGGCAAAAAGGUUGGGUUCGAUCCCCAAUCGCGAUGUGCUAGGGUUUGGAGGCCCGUGCUCAGUCCUCGCCGCCGCCGGGCGCCAUCCUCCCCCCCUGCACCUGCUAAGCCCCUUUUUUUUUCUUAUAAGCAGCAAGCGCUCGCCGGAAAUUCCAAGCAGAGAGACGCACGGAUCAGAUCGCCGACAUGUCUAGGCGUUUCUUGUUUCAGAAAUUUUCAGUGCUGUCCGGAUCGAUGCCUAAUCGUCCUACCUCCGCUCAAGGAGGAGACGUUUCUGCUAUCCACGAUGCUCUCCGUCGUUUUAGCACGGUGCUUCCCAAUUACCAUGGCCUUCCUGUCUCUCAAGCAAAGUGCCUGAAUUCUAUUCAAAGCCCUCACGCAGCCACCAAAUUAAACCACCCAACAAUUGGUGUGGUUCCUUUUGCCAGCCGGACUUUCUUCUCUUAUACAAAACCCUACCACCUGCCUUCUCUGGGUGAAACCAAUUACCCUGAUUAUGUAGCAGCAGACAUUAAAGCGAUCACAAGACCGAUGCUGAGUUUUUUUAACAAACCUCUUUUGCACUAUGGUGAGAUGCUUACAAUCUUUGGGAGCACAAUGGCUACAGGAAAGUUUGCAAAGGACUCAAGUUCAGUUCUUGGUACUGAAGAUGUAGAAACUGAAAACGAAAAGGUGAAUCGUGCUCCAACCACUAUUGAUCUUGAUCCUGAAACUUCAUCUGCAAGCAAGCCAAAGAAGGCCAAAACAAUUGAAAGUGAAGAUGAUGGGCUGAUUAGGGCAAUCACCAAUGUGGGUGACAAGCUUGCUGCUGCUAUAGUGAAGGCUGGUGAGCCAGAUAAUACGCUGCCGGUAGGUUUAUUUGACACCCUGAAAAGCCUUCCUGGUUUUCAGGACAUCCACUUAUCAUUUUACUAUGCUUAUUUGGUGGCUAACCCUCACAUUGCUAGAGCUUUUAAUGGACUUCCAUUCGAAAACAAGUUACAUUGGGUUGCUAUGUUCAUUAGUGACAAGUUUACUGGAUCAAUGUAGGGUGGUUGGAUGAGUUAUCUAGUUCUUUUGCUAUUAUGAAUGUGCUGCCAGUGGGUGGACAUUACUUGUAAGGCUUGAACUUGUAGGGAACUUAUGUGUGGCUUCUAUGCUUGCAAUGCCACUAUGGUUGGACUGCUAUGUGUAAGACUUCAAUGGGCUAUUAUGUGAUCAGACUUUAACUCAUUAUUUGUGUCUUGAA